GAUAUUUCCGGCUGUUUUUUAUAUAUACCCGUUUACAUGAUUGUUCCUAAUAUCGGGCGAUAUUACGUAUCGAGUUGAAUUCACCAUUCAAGUACUUUCAGUGUACAUUAGUGUACACAAUAUCUAUUGGAUGAAUAUACAGCUUUGACAGUAUCAAACCGUGAGAGUUCUGCCUGUAAUUUGAAAGAGCGCCAGGGUCUCUUAUACACCGAGAAGAGCAAAUGUUCACAGGCGUUAGGGCCUCGCCCGUUGCGCUUCCCCUUUUCAAGGGAUGGAUUAGGGAGGUGGUAUUCAAUCCGGGCAUGGAACUUAGCUUGAGCAGUUGUUCUUCCGCUGGAGAUAUCGACAGCUCAAUAGAUUCCAGAUGCGAGGUCAAUUAUUGCGUAGCAGACGAAAAAGGCUGCGCAGAUCAAGAUGAGGGCGCUAGCGACUGCAUCAAUGAAGAUUGCAACGCCUCCUCGCCCACUCCCAAUUCCAAGACCACCACUCCCGUAAACAAUUCGUCUGCGCUGCAACGCACGGGCAGUAGAAUCACAGAAACCAACAACAAUAAGCCCACUCUUAUGGAAGAGCUCUGCAAUCGAGCGCAGAUCGGGAAACUACCGUCGUCAAAAUACAAGGGCGUCGUUCCGCAACCAAACGGCCGCUGGGGUGCGCAGAUUUACGAGAAACACCACCGUGUGUGGCUGGGCACAUACAACACGGAAGAAAUGGCGGCCCGUGCAUACGACACCGCCGCCUUCAAAUUCCGCGGCCGUGACGCCGUCACCAAUUUCGCCUCUCUCGACGAGGCGGACCGGGAGGCCAUUUUCCUCCUCCGCCACUCCAAAUCCGAAAUCGUUGACAUGCUCAGAAAGCACACAUUCGAAGACGAGCUCCAGCAAUCAAUCGGAGAAAUCAUCUCAAACGGAACGGUUCAUUCAUCUCUUUCCGAUGACACCAAAUCGGGGCUCUCAGAAGCGCUCAGAGAUUCAACUCGUGAGCACCUGUUCGUCAAGACCGUGACGCCCAGUGACGUGGGGAAGCUGAACCGCCUUGUGAUUCCAAAGCAGUACGCAGAGAAAUACUUCCCUCUCGAAGACUGCUCCUCCGGAAAGAGCCUCCUGCUUCAUUUCCAGGACUCCACUGGAAAAACAUGGCGCUUCCGGUACUCCUACUGGAACAGCAGCCAGAGCUACGUUUUCACGAAGGGCUGGAACCGCUUUGUGAAAGAGAACCGGCUGGAGGCCGGGGAUAUUGUUCGAUUCGAGCGCACCACUGUCACUUCCGGGCAGCUUUACUUAAGCUUCCGUCGCAAGACCUCUAGUGAUUUCCAUACGGACGCCCUAAAACCGGCAGUAACCAGUCCUUACCUCCAUUCAUCGCAAUUCCUUGCCAUGCCUACGUGCCCCCGCCAGUCGACGCCGGUGAUUUCCUCGCCGCCGCCGGUUCAGCAGACCACCGUUGGUUUACAUUUUGGCGGCCACAGUGCGCUUCCUCGGGAAACCCUAAAAAGUACUCCUGUAUAUUGUUUACAGAAAUGGGCGUCACAUGAGGGUAAUGAUCCGUCGUGUGGGGAUUUUCAAAGCCUUGUAAGGCAAAGUUCUUUUUCUUCUUCUUCUUCCUCUUCUGGUGUCAUGGUGUUUGGUGCUGAUCUGAGCCAAUCCUCGCCCCCGACCACUUUGGAUCUUUUUCCGGCUAUUAAAGCGGAGGUGGAGGAAUGCAACGUUUGUGAAAGGCAAGAGCAGGAAAGGAAGAGAAAGGCGGAGGGGCCGUUUGGGUUCUGUGGCUCGAAAAGGCAGUUCCAUAACCAGUAGUAACGAUUAUUAAUGUAAUUCUAUGUAGUACUAGAGUGUAAUAUAGGUAGUCUGGAUUACAUUUUUCCCAGAUUACAGUCUGUUUGUGGCCAAAAUGCAUCUAAUGUGGAUAAGAAGCGUUUUGUUUCCUAAAGAA